AUGGAGAACAAUACAGUGGUGACUCAGUUCAUUCUACUUGGACUAACAAAUGCCCCUGAACUUCAAAUCCCUCUUUUUAUCUUAGUCACCCUCAUUUACCUCAUCAGUUUGUUUGGGAACCUGGGGAUGAUUGUGUUGAUUCUGAUGGACUCUCGAUUGCAUACUCCCAUGUACUUUUUCCUCAGCAACCUCUCUCUGGUAGACUUUGGUUACUCCUCAGCAGUUACUCCGAAGGUCAUGGCUGGGUUCCUCAUGGAAGACAAGGUCAUCUCCUAUGAUGGAUGUGCAGCUCAAAUGUUCUUUUUUGUAGCCUUUGCUACUACAGAGAGUUACCUCCUGGCUUCAAUGGCCUAUGAUCGUUAUGCAGCAGUGUGUAAACCUCUACAUUAUACCACCAUCAUGGAGACCAAUGUGUGUGCUUGUCUGGCCAUCGGUUCCUAUAUCUGUGGCUUCCUGAAUGCCUCCAUCCACACUGGGGACACCUUCAGUCUCUCUUUCUGUAUGUCCAAUGUGGUCCAUCAUUUUUUCUGUGAUAUUCCAGCAGUCAUCAUUCUCUCUUGCUCUGAUAGACAUGUUAGCGAGAUGGUUCUUGUGUUUGUGGUUGGCUUUAAUAUCUUUUUUGCUCUUCUGGUUAUCUUUAUUUCCUACCUUUUCAUAUUUUCCACCGUAUUGAAAAUGCAAACUGCUGAGGGAUACUGGAAAGCUUUAUCUACCUGUGCUUCACACUUCAUUGCAGUCUUCAUCUUUUAUGGGACAUGCAUCUUCAUGUACCUACAGCCGAGCACCAGUCAUUCCAUGGAUAUAGACAAAAUAGCAUCUAUAUUCUAUGCUAUUGUCAUCCCCAUGCUCAACCCUCUGGUCUACAGCCUGAGGAACAAGGAGGUCAAGAAUGCAUUCAGGAAGGUUAUUGAGAGGGCAAAAUUGUUUCUAGGCUUAAUUGUAUAA